UGCGGGAUCUGGGCUGGAGGCCAUGGACUAUGGGGGGGAUCUGGGCAGGGGGCAGCAGGGUCUGUGCCGGGGACUCUCGGGAGGGUGCCUUAGAGCAGGCACUGCGGGGCGCGGUCCUGUGAGUGGAUGGGGAUGGAGCCCGCAGAGCCGGACUACCAGAAGCAAUUCCAGGCCGCUGUCAGAGUCAUUCAGGGCCUGCCUAAGAACGGGUCCUACCGCCCCCCCUACGAGGUGAUGCUACAGUUCUACAGCUACUACAAGCAGGCGACAGUGGGCAGCUGCAAGAUCCCCCGGCCUGGAUUCUGGGAUCCCAUCGGCCGGUAUAAGUGGGAUGCGUGGAGCAGGCUGGGGAAGAUGUCCAAAGAGGAGGCCAUGGCAGCAUAUAUCUCGGAGAUGAAGAAGAUAGCCCAGAAGGUCAUUGACACGAUCCCAGCAGGCGAGAUGUCUGAGGACGUGUUUGGGUUCUUCGAACCUCUCUACGAGGUGAUACACGAUAUGCCCCGGCCCCCCGAGUCCUUCUUCAAGAAGAAGGCUGGCGACGGGCUGGGCCGUGCUGACGAAGCCCUCAAGGGCAGCCAAGUGUCCGGCGACUCGGAAAGCGAAGUCUACAGUGACACCCUGGAGCAGAUAGAGCCUGGCCAGGCUGGUCAGCGCGUGGCUGGGCAGAGCCUUUCCCUAAGCGGUCCUCAUGCAGCCAGCCUACAUGCCGAUGUCGGGCGUGAGUUGCCGGAAACCUGCAGGGAGGGAGAGCCUGGCGAAGGCGGCGGACUAGCCGGGCAGAGCAGUGAUGGCCCCAGGCCCCUCGGCACAGAGAGAGAGCUGCAGGCUGCCCCGGGAUCGUGGGGAGCCAGGGGCUGUCCUGAUGCUGACCAGGGGGAAGCAGCGAGCGCAGGGCUCUGGCCGGAGCUGGAUGUGCAGCUGCUUGGCACCGUCCGUGCCCUGCAGGACAACAUGCGGAGCGUCUUGAAGAGGCUGAGCCACCUGGAAACGCUGAGCACCAUGCAAGGGCACGAGCUUGGGUCCGGCCCUUGCCACCGGCUGGCUGUGCUCAAUACGCAGAAGCCAUCCCGCUGGCCGCUGGAGGUCUCUGCUCGCACCCUGCUGUUCCUUCUCGCCUGGCCCUUCGUCGUCCAGUGGCUGCUAAGGCGUUUCCAGCGCAGGAAGAGGUGAUUGUUUUCUGUCUGAAUGUGCAGCGCUGAGCAGAAACCCCGGUCGCGGCAGGAACAUGCCGCCUGGCUGGAGCUUGCAGCUCAGCCAUCAGGACUCAGCACCCAGCAGACCCGCAGCUCCACAAUGGGUAACUAAAGUGAUGCUACUUCCAGGAGCUGGGAGAGGACAACAAUCCCGUCAGCACUCUCUGGGGGAGCAGUGGGUGUCUCCCAGGUGCCAGGGACAGAUCCUCUGAAACACAAACCAGUCCAGAAGUGUGGCAAGGAGAGAUCAGAUUCAGCAGUUCCUCAGCAAGCUUGGAGCCAUCAGCUCGGUCUGGAGGACCCCAGCCUGGGUCUGGCCCAGCAUAUUCUCCUCUGAGAUGCCAUUUCACUUGUGGGAGGACCGGGGGACUCUCGUGGGAGGCCUGCCAGCAGGCUCCUCUUGUCUCUCCCCACUCACGCCCGCUCAGGUGAUCUGCAGCACGACAGUGGUAGCAAAUGAAACACCCCCAUUAAAGAAAAACAGCUUUUC